ACAACGGAUGCUCUAGUUAGAGUUAGUAAUGAUGUGGAAAAGGCUUUAAAAAUGAAAGAAGUAAUGACAAUUGUAUAUUUUGACAUAGAAAAGGCAUAUGAUACCAUGUGGAGGGAAGGUUUGCUUAUCAAGCUAAGUAGUAUGGGGAUAGGAGGAAGGUUAUAUAAUUGGGUUAUGGACUUUUUAACAGGUAGAAAAAUUAAAGUUAAAGUUGGAUCAGAGGUAUCUACAGAAUUUAAUGUAGACAAUGGUAUUCCCCAGGGGAGUGCAAUUAGUCCGAUACUGUUUAACAUAAUGAUAAAUGAUAUUUUUUCAAAAAUGAAUGGACGCAUAAAAACAGCACUAUAUGCGGAUGAUGGGGCCAUUUGGAUGAGAGGAAGGAAUGUGCCAUAUGUAUUAGGUAACAUAAGAAAAGCAAUCAGGGAAGUAGAGAUGUGGUCAUAUAAGUGGGGAUUCAAGAUGUCGACAAGCAAAUCUUGUUACAUGAUGUUUACAAAGAAGCGCAAGUGCCAUGUGGAAAGUUUAAAAUUAUAUGAGCAGACAAUGGUGAAAGUAAAUGAAUUUAAAUACCUAGGACUAUGGUUUGACAGUAGGGGUACAUGGAAAAUGCAUAUUCGGAACUUAGAAACUAAAUGCAAAAAAGUUAUAAACCUGAUGAGAGCUGUGGCGGGAUGUGACUGGGGUGCAGAAAGGCAGUCGUUAACUAACAUCUAUAGGGCUUGCAUGAGGUCAUCAAUAGACUAUGGUUGCGUAGUUUAUGGUGCAGCAGCAAAAACAGUGCUGGAAAAAAUAAACAGAUUACAGUAUAGAGCAUUACGUGUAUGCAUUGGAGCUGUUAAGACAACCCCCAUCAACGCUAUACUCAUAGAAGCUGGAGAGUUACCACUGGAGUUAAGAAGAGAGAAACUGGCGAUGGCGUAUUGGAUUAAAUUGAAAGGAAGUGGGAAAGAAAACCCAGCAAAAGAAACUAUACAGGAAUGUUGGGAGUAUACAAAAUAUCAGGGGUUCGGGUUCGGAUGGACAAGAGAAAUGAGAAUGAGGGAAUAUGAAAUGGAAGCCAUAAAUUUCACCAUGGCCAACCCAGUCAGUAGAAUUCCACCAUGGCUCUUUCCAGAAGUAAAGGUUGAUAUAAAUUUAUUGGAAAAGAAAAGGGAAUGGAGAAUGGAGGAAAUAGGAGUCAAAACAAGCAUCUACUUAAGAAACAGUUACUCUAAUUAUUUAAAGAUUUACACAGACGGAUCUAAGAACAAACAGGAAAAUGUGGGAGUUGGAAUAUAUAUACCAGAUUUUAAAAUCCAUAUCUCUAAAAGACUAUCUGACUUGUUAUCAGUGUACACAGCAGAAAUAGUAGCAGUCAUUAUCGCACUACAGUGGGUAGAAGAGGUCCGACCAGAUAGGGUGGUACUGUUCACAGACUCUUUGGCCGUAAUCAAAAGUAUGCAGUCAGUAAAAUCAAUUAGAGAAGAUUUACUAAUAGAACUUUUUUACAGCUUAUUUAGAUUGUAUCAGGGUGGCAUUGAGACUCAGUUUUGUUGGGUACCAGCACAUGAGGGAGUUAAAGGGAACGAGAUGGCAGACAGACUGGCCAAAGAGGCACUGCUUAAAGCAACUAUAAUUACAAUCCCACUAGGAAAAGGCGAAGGCAAAGCAGUGGUUAAAAGAAAAGGUCUUGAGAUAUGGCAGAAACGAUGGGAGGAAGACCGGAAAGGUAGGAGAUACUAUAAAAUACAAAAAAGUGUCAGUAUAAAGAACUUCAUGGAAAAUACCAGGCGUGAAGACAUUGUAAUGACAAGACUGAGAGUGGAUCACACAGGGCUGAAUGGCACAUUAUUUUUAAUGGGGAAAAAGAACAGUGAGAACUGUGGAAACUGUGGGGUUAAAGAAAAUGCUGAACAUGUAAUAAUGAACUGUACAUUGAAUGUAGUGGAAAGGCAGGUGCUUAAAGAUAAGGUUCAGGAGGCAGGCAGGGAGUGGAGCAUGGUAGGGAUACUGGGAUCAGAAGGAGAAGGAAUAAGAAGUACAAGGAAGGCUCUAAUUACCUUCUUAAAAGACACUGGGAUUUGGAGUAGAAUUUAAAUGACAUAACUAUACACACUCCAGUACAGUAGGUGGCGGCAUGCACCUAAACGUCGGUUGCAGUCCGCCAUUAAAUAAGAGAAGAAGAAGAAGAAGAAGAAGAAGAAGAAGAAGAAGAAGCCAGAGUCGGGAGAUGGUGCAGACGUCUUCUCCGUUGAACCGCUUCAGGAUGGUCGUCUUCCCCUCGUCGGCCGGACCUCUGCACGACUCAGGUGGUCCUGCACUGUUUUUUACUGAACUCUUUCAAUGAUGAACACAAGGGUUGGUCUCAACCAGUGUUUGGAAAAUGAUGUCGCCUGGAAGCAAUCAUGUGGUCCUGCACUCUUCCAUACUCUUCCAAUGAAGAACACCAUGAUUAUUAACUCCUCGCCAUGAUUGUGGUCUAGGAAACGGUGUACUGACUUUGAAAGAUGAUGCCAUCGUCUUAACAGUUUGUCCAGGAUCGUGCUGCCUGACAAGCAAUCUGGAUCAUGAUGUCAACCUCUAUGCUGAACGAAGUUUGAGGUCAUCAGGAUUGCCAUGACUUGAACGGUGAUUUGUACUCUGGAUCGUGAAGAUGGGAAUGAGCCGAUUGUUGCAGGUGGCUGUACACUCUGAUCAAACUAGAAGCGUGAUUUAUUGUCACUGCCUUUCAUAAACUGAAUUUGUUUAAAUAUUGUUGCAGGGGGGAAGGAGAUGGGAGUGGGUGUUCCAAAUUUGCCUUUUUCAUGAAUGAUUUUUUUAUUUUGAUUACCAAUCAAACUAAAGCACUCAAAUGUUUCUGCUUUUGUUGCGUCCACAUUUUGAAUUUUCAUGAUGCAUCUUGCGUUUGAACUUUUUAGAGUAGUUGGCUCUGCUUUGGGGUUGAAGAUAAGGCAUUGGCACUUAAUAUAUGCGAGUCUUUCCAUCAGAAGUGAUGAGUUAGUUAUUACCGCCCCAGUUUGAAGAUUCAUGACUGAUCCAAACUAUGGUUUAGGAUUUGUUUGUUAAUUCUUGUUUCAAAAAGGCUGUGUUUUGCAGGUUGGGUCAUAUCUUCGACUUUGUUACAGUUGGUAUGCUGAGAUUUUUAAAAUCUUACUGGAUAGGUCAGAAGUCUAUUCCUACAGUAAGAUUAAAAGUAGGCUGCUGUGUUGUCUGGCCUAAUGCUUCGUUUUUUUUGUCUUUGGAAUGUGUAACUUUCAAUCUGUCUUGAUUUGCUUUAACAUGUUAUUAAAUGCAUUUAUGUAUAGAAUAUUUAGUGCAUUAUACAGAUACAAUUAGGACAUUAACAAAUGGUUCAAUGAAGCCAGAGCAGCUAAGUUAUCUUUGUGUGGGGCAUUUCAAAGUGAUUAAAUGUGACUGUAAUAUCA